GCAGCUCUCAUCGCGUGGUUGCAACCUCUCCCGAUCACCAGUCUGGAGCUGCUGCAAUCGCGAGUGGCAUGGCAUGGCAUGAGCGAUUCUCAGUCCGUGGAUGGAGCUCUGGUCUCACCUGAAGGUCGAUCGGCCCGUGUCAACCUUUGAGGAGAGUGUUGCACUCUGCUGAGGCCCGAGCGAAGUCUCCGCGACGACGAGGAGGACCUCGUUUGUCACCAGAUGAUGGAAAUCGACCUCGAUCCUGCCGCGGAGCAAUCUACCCGAGGACAGAAUAGAAAUCAUCAUCCGAUUUCAUCUUCGGACGCUUCCUACUCCCUGCCUCGCGCAGUUUCAUUCCCUGAGCAAAUUCUGGAACUCGUCGAUCCUGUCGACCGAGUUUUACCGCCAGCUGCUUCGAGAAACUCGGGAUCCACCUCAUGCCCCCAAAAGUGUCUUCUGUACAUGUGACAAAGGCUUGAUCAUGACUCUGGACGCCGGAAAAUCCAGAUGGCUUCGGAUCUCGCUCGGGUUUUUUUAAAAACCUCAAUCCCUCAAUCGGCAUCGGGAUCGAGACACGCACUCGGUUCUGGACUCACUGCAGUUCGUGGCGACGGAUAGAGGGCUUCUGUGCCGGUCGACGAGCACCUAUGGCCACAUGAUCGUCUGUAAUCUGGUUACAAAGAGUUGGAAGCAUUUGUGGCUGUCUCCAUCGUUCGGACAGAAGGAACUUAUUCCGUAGAAUGGAUCGAGAACUGGAAGGGAAAAACAUGGAAGACUUCUUGGUGGGGACGGAGGCGUCCAGAGAGACGGGACAGUACAUAAUUGUGGUCGCAGGUCUGCGCGAGGAUGCGGACGGGUAGAGGGAGUAGGCGAUUUACAACUCCGCCGCAAAGCCAUGGAAGAUGAUCGCUGCCUCGUUUAUAUAUCCCUCGCUCCUGGGUCCUGGUGAUCAGUUCUACGUCCAACCCGUAAAACGACGACCGGGUCCCUCGUUGACUUGCGAUGGAUGUAUUAAUUUCCUGCUGAAGUACAAGCAAGUGCACACGGUGGGGAUCGUCUGGCGGCUGCUGGAUUUCGACUCGAGUGCCAGAGACUGGGAUGGACCAGAAGCUGGAGUUGAAGCUGGCGCGAGUUGAGAUGUUGGAGGAGGAGGAGCAGUUGCUGGAGACGUGGAAGAAGAAGGAGACUGAGAUGGAUGAUGAUCUGGAUCGCUGGUCCAGAUGGUGAAGAAGAAGAAGAAGGCGAUGGAGACUGAGAGGAGGUAGGAGGUCCUGAUGGGCCUGAAGCAGGGGGUUUCACUGGAGAAGAACCUGGUGGUGAAAGAGAACUGGGACCGGGUGCUAAAGCAUUCGAGUGAGAUAGUGAUGGAGCUGAGGAGUUUCCAUUGGGAGGAGAAAUCGCAGGUCCUGAUGGUCCUGGUGAGUUCGCAUUCGGCGGGGAGGGAACUGGGCUAUGCACUUGUGGUGGUGGUACUGCCCCCGAUAGAGAUGGGGGCUGUUGCAUUUGGUGAACUUGACGAAGGAGACUGGGCAAUGGGAGCAGGUAGUGAAAGAGGAGUAGUCGGGGACGUGGGAGGCGAUGGAGAUGUCGAUGGAGGAGGAGACAAGGGGCUUGGACCUGGAGGUGUUGGAGAUGGAGCAACUGGACCUGGGGGAGGAUGAGGUGACGGACUUGGAGGAUUUUCAGAAGGGGGAGAACUUGGAGGAAAAGGCGAGGACGGUGGUGGAGGAAGUGGUAAGAUGAUCUCAGGUGGUGGUGACGGGAGCAAUGGAAGGCCCCAUGAUUGAAACCACCAAUUCCGAAUAGUAGGGAAUCAAUCAUCGUCACCUGUGGAGCCAGAGAAUCCCAUAUACAUAUGCUCGGUGAAGAAUUUCGACAGAGCUAUCUCGUAUCUGUCCUUCUAAUCUUCUGUGAUCUCUGCGCAUCCCCAGACCGGCUAAGGCUCAGCUUCUAGGUACCUCCAGACUUGGAAGGAAUCGAGUCCAAAAAGUUUAUGACUCAGAGCCCUAUUUAACUGCACGACUUAAUAAACAAUCCAAUGCUUAAUUUGGUUUGUUGUUAGCACAUACGCAACCACCACCAACACCAGAGGAAUGUGGCAGGUCCAAUGUAACCACCGAGGGUAGAUUUUCUCAGAGUGAUGAAGAAUCAACCGGUCGUGAUUUUAUACCCACAUGUCGGGUUGGAAUUACCAGGUAGUCGAGCCCAGAGUAGAUGCAUCCAUCGUCUUCUUCUACACUCCAGGAUCUUGUCAUAAAUGUAAUUGUACUAGGCGGUGAGUCACCACCAUCUCUCGAACUCUCAAUCUAUAUCCAGAUUCACGCGCAAUCGGGAGCCAUGCAAAUGAACCAAAGACAACGAAGCUAUGUUGUUCUAUGUGGGGAAAAUUCAAUCACU